AGCCAGGUCCCCCUCCGCCCGUAUUAUCAGCAAUAUAACAAUUAUAAAAAGCCCGAGGACCGUCAUCAUCCCCGCCAUCAAAAACCCGAGGCCCUCCGGUUCCUCUCCCCCUCCUCCUCCUCCUCCUCCCUCUCCCCCGCCUCCCUCCCGCUUUUUAAAGCCCGGGCCCUGGAAAAGCCAUGAAUUUUGAAUUUGAGAGGGAGAUCGGGUUUAUAAAUAGCCAGCCUUCGCUCGCUGAGUGCCUGACGUCUCUCCCCGCUGUCCUGGAGACAUUUCAAACUUCAUCAAUCAAGGACUCGACAUUAAUUCCUCCUCCUCCUCCUCCUCCUCUGGAGCAAAGCCUCCUCCAAAGCCUCCAUCCUUGCUCGGGCAGCCCGAGGAGCCAGAGCCGAGCCCCCCAUGGCCCGGCCCGGCCCGGCCCCCGGGCAGCGGAAUUCCCCUGGAUGAAGGAGAAGAAAUCGUCCAAGAGAAGCAGCCAGGCUCCGGCCGCUUCGUCCCCACCAUCCUCCUCCUCCUCCUCCUCCUCCUCCUCCUCCUCCUCCUCGCUGCCGGUGCCCGCCGCGGGAUCUCCCGCAGAGGCGGCGGGGCUGGCGGAGGGCAGCGGCUCCAGGAGGCUCCGCACCGCCUACACCAACACGCAGCUGCUGGAGCUGGAGAAGGAAUUCCACUUCAACAAAUACCUGUGCCGGCCGCGGCGCGUGGAGAUCGCGGCGCUGCUGCAGCUCAGCGAGCGCCAGGUCAAGGUGUGGUUCCAGAACAGGAGGAUGAAGCACAAGAGGCAGACGCAGCACAAGGAGGAGCCGCUCUCGGCCGCGCCGGGCCCCGCGGAGCAGCGCGCAGGGAGCGCGGAGCAGCGCGGGGCGGCCCCCGGGCCGGGCGGGGACUCGCCGGGGCUGCCCGAGCUGGGCUGGCUCUCGGUGGAGCCGUGCCUGGAGCUGGCCCAGGGGUUUUCUGGCGGUGCCGCUUCUCUGGAGAGCCCGCUGCGCUUCUCCGAGGAGGAGCUGGAGCUCUUCAGCAGCGCGCUCUGCACCAUGGACCUGCAGGAUUUGGAUUUGCCCUGACGGGAGCCGCGCUCUGCUCUGCCCGGCCCGGCCCGGUUCGGCUCU